AAGAGAAAGAAGAAACCCUUUCAGCAAAAAAGAAGGCAUUGACCCAUGACAUCAGCCAACUGAGAGAAGUAUACGAACGCUUAAUGGUGAGGUUUCCUUAUCUACAGUUUCAAUACAGAGAUCCAGAAAAAAAUUGGAAUCCAAAACGUGUCAAAGGCCCUGUUGUGUCUCUUAUCACUGUGAAAGAUCUAUCCAAAGCAAAAGCCCUAGAAGCGGUGGCUGGAGGGAAACUCUAUAACAUUGUUGUGGACACAGAGGUUACUGGCAAAGUGCUUUUAGAAAAGGGUCAGCUAAGGUGUCGAUACACCAUCAUUCCACUCAACAAAAUUUCAACGAAGUGUGUUCAACCAGACACAAUCAAGUUGGCCCAGAACUUGACUGGUCAUGGCAACUUGCAUUUAGCCCUCUUUCUCAUUGGAUAUGAACCUGAACUGCAGAAGGCAAUGGAAUAUGUCUUUGGAACAACAUUGGUCACUAAUAGCUUGGAUAAUGCUAAGAAAGUGACCUUUGACAGAAGGAUAAUGAUAAGAAGCGUUACACUUGAUGGAGACACAUUUGACCCCCAGGGCACUCUGCAUGGAGGUGCGUCCUCACAAGUUGCACCUAUAUUGUCUAAACUUAAAGAAAUUAGAGAUAUUGGAGUAGAACUGAACACAAAGGAAUAUGAACUUGAGACUGUAAAUAAUGAGCUGGCAAGCUUGAAGAAUGUUGCUGAAAAGUACCAGCAACUGAAGCAGCAGUGGGAGAUGAAGUCUGAGGAAGCAGAGCUCUUGAAAACAAAGCUUCAUCAAAGUGCUUAUCACAAACAAGAGGAAGAGCUGCUUGCCCUGAAGAAAACGAUUGUGGAGUGUGAAGAGACAUUAAAGAAAACUGAAGAGAGCCAAAAGAAAGCAGAAGAUAAAUACAAGGUAUUAGAGAAUAAAAUGAAAAAUGCAAAAGCAGAAUGUGAAAAACAACUAAAAAAUGCCCAGCAGAAACUAGAUAGUGCCAAGAAAAAAGCAGAUGCUUCAAGCAAAAAAAUGAAAGAAAAGCAGCAGGAAGUUGAAGCUUCAGUUCUAGAACUUGAAGAACUAAAAAAAGAAGAGGCCUCCUAUAAACAACAGAUAGCAGCUGCAGAUAAAGCAAUUAAAUCCUACCAGGAGCAAGUUGAUGCUAUGGCAGCUGAGGUGUCCAAGACAAAGGAAUCUGUAGAGAAAUCACAGAAGGAGCUGACCAAGCAAAAGGAAGUAAUUAUGUUACAAAAUAAAGCAAUUAAAGCCAAAUCUGAAGAGAUUGAAAAAUACAGAGAACAAAAUAAUCAAUUACAGCUUAAGUUGAAAGCAUUAGAACACAACAUCAGCAAACAUCAACAAGAGGCUGCCGAUGCUGCUGCCAAGGUGACCAAAAUGCUGAAAGAGUAUGAGUGGAUAGCUUCAGAGAAACCACUUUUUGGUCAGCCAAACACAGCCUAUGACUUCAAAAAUAACAAUCCUAAAGAAGCAAUUCAGAAGCUGCAGAGAUUGCAGGAGAAUAAAGAGAAGUUGGGGAGGAACGUGAACAUGAGAGCUAUGAACAUGCUUUCCGAGACAGAGGAGAGGUACAAUGACUUAAUGAAGAAAAAAAGAAUUGUAGAGAAUGACAAGGCAAAAAUUAUCUCAGUUAUUGAAGAGCUUGACCAGAAGAAAACUGAAGCUUUACAUAUUGCUUGGAAAAAGGUGAAUGAAGACUUUGGUUCAAUUUUCUCAACACUUCUACCAGGAGCCAAGGCUAUGUUAGCAGCCUCUAAAAACCAGAACAUCUUGGAUGGUCUGGAGUUCAGAAUUGCCUUAGGAAAUACCUGGAAGGAAAACUUAACAGAACUUAGUGGAGGACAAAGAUCAUUGGUGGCCUUGUCCUUGAUCUUAGCCAUGCUCCUCUUCAAACCUGCUCCAAUUUACAUCUUGGAUGAAGUGGAUGCAGCCCUUGAUCUCUCUCAUACUCAGAACAUUGGGCAGAUGCUUCAUACUCAUUUCAGACACUCUCAGUUUAUUGUAGUGUCCUUGAAGGACGGAAUGUUUAAGAAUGCAAAUGUCCUGUACAAGACCAAGUUUGUGGAUGGUGUGUCUACUGUUGCAAGAUAUGAACAAAGUGGAAAUUAUGCACCUGCCUUUAAGAAAGCACAGAAAGUAAAAAGAGGAACUGCAAAAGCAUGA